CAUUAUCCCGCCUUCAAACCAAUACACAAUCUUCACGAUGGGGGAGCAUUUUAAGAAGGUGUUUGCCAAGCAUGGCGACAUAUCUCCCAAGGAGAGGGCUCAGAAAUGGUUCGAAGUCGCAAUGGGUGGGGACUACGAGGGACACGAUGCAAUGCUGUCGCAUAUACUGAAUCUGGAAUCUGUUACUGUGGCGCCUACAAGCAAAGACCCUCACAACUCCCGCAUAGUCUACAGUUUCACAGUACCGAGGCAGUUGUGCAAUAUGGGUGGCAACCUGCAUGGAGGAGCAGUCGCAUUGAUCUUCGACAUAUGCACCUCGACAGCCAUCACGGCUAUCAGCCGCGACGGGUUCUGGGAUACAGGUAUCCAAGUCCAGAACUGAACUUUGGAGGCACCCGUGUACUGAUGUCUAAGCA